AUGUUGUGCUCAGUCCCCGACGGGAAGCCCAGUUCAAAUUGGCUGGACCGACUCCGAUCCACCAAAGGCUUCCCCACCUCCGGCGACGUCGGAUUAGACGACUUCCUUCUCACCAAACCCACCGCCGACGAUGACGCUUCCGAUUCCCCUACAUCCGAUGAUGCUAUCGCCUCCAAUUCCCUCGUCAAUUCCAACUCCGUCGCGGAGCAAGCCCCCAAGAUUUCCGGCCGAAAUGGUGAAGGGGACUGGUUCGGCGUGAUGACCAAUGUCCUCUCCGAUCUCUUCUACAUGGGCAGACCCACCGGAAUAACCAGGAAUAAGGGCGCCAGGAAGCAGACGAACCCUAAGUUUCGCGCCCUUCUUGCCUCGCCUGCGCUGCGGGGCGACGAGAAGGCGGCGGGGUGUGGAGGGGAUAGAGAGCUGAAAGGGUACUCGCGGAGUGAAGUGACGGUGAUUGAUACCAGCUACGAGGUGUGGAAGUUUGACAAGCUGGUGUUCAGGAAGAGGAACAUUUGGAAAGUGAGGGACAAGAAGGGCAAGUCGUGGGUGUCUGCUGCUGCGAAGAAGAAGAGAAAGAAGGGGAGUGGUGGGCUGGAAAGAAAAUUAUUAAUAUGA